GUAGCAUGCAUCUUCGCGAAACACUCGCCAUGUCGCCCUUUUCACGACUUCUUGUGCAUCUCCUUCGUCCUCGAAAAGAAAUUCUGUAGCUGCUACAAACCCUAGGUAGCAAGGGGGGCAAAAUCAAUCAUGGCGAUGAAGCGUCUUCUCACCCUCGCUCGCACCUCUCCCCGGCGAUCCUCCGCCUCGUUCUCCCAGGAUGUUAGAUCAGCGUCCACUUCCCCAGCGGUGGCUUCUUCUUCUCCACCUCCCUCUCCUCCCCCGCCCAACGCCAUGGUCUACGAUCGCCUUGCUGAGGCUGUCAAAUCGAAGCUAAAACAGCUCGAAAAUCCCGACCCUAGAUUUCUGAAAUACGGCUCGCCUCACCCGACCAUCACUGACCACACCCGGAUUCUCUCCGCGCCUGAAACUCGCGUUACUACUCUCCCCAAUGGCCUCCGGGUGGCCACCGAGUCGAACCUUGCCGCUCGGACUGCGACAGUUGGAGUGUGGAUCGAUUCCGGGUCGAGGUUCGAGACCGAGGAGACUAACGGAACUGCCCAUUUCCUCGAGCAUAUGAUCUUCAAGGGAACGGAGAAACGGACGGCGAGGCAGCUCGAGGAGGAGAUCGAGAACAUGGGUGGUCAUUUGAAUGCGUACACGUCCAGGGAACAGACUACGUAUUAUGCCAAGGUCUUGGACAAGGAUGUGCCCCACGCUUUGGAUAUUUUGGCUGACAUUUUGCAGAAUUCGAAGUUUGACGAGCACCGGAUUAGUCGUGAGCGGGAUGUGAUUUUGAGAGAAAUGGAGGAGGUUGAGGGCCAAACAGAAGAAGUUAUCUUUGACCAUUUGCACGCAACUGCAUUCCAGUAUACUCCUCUUGGUAGAACUAUUCUUGGUCCAGCUCAAAAUAUCAGAACAAUUACCAAGGAUCAUCUUCAAAGUUAUAUUCAAACACACUACACGGCUCCAAGAAUGGUUAUUGCUGCUUCCGGAGCUGUUAAGCAUGAGGAUUUCGUUGAGCAAGUAAAGAAAUUGUUCACUAAGUUGUCAGCAGAACCAACCACAGCUUCUCAGUUGGUUGCAAAGGAGCCAGCAAUUUUUACUGGUUCUGAGGUUAGGAUAAUUGAUGAUGAUGUACCUUUGGCACAAUUUAGUAUUGCUUUUAAUGGAGCAUCCUGGACAGAUCCAGACUCCAUUGCUCUGAUGGUCAUGCAGGCCAUGUUGGGUUCUUGGAAUAAAAGUGCUGGAGGUGGAAAGCAUAUGGGUUCUGAGCUGGCUCAAAGAGUUGCCAUCAAUGAAGUAGCAGAAAGUAUGAUGGCUUUCAACACCAAUUACAAGGACACUGGUCUUUUUGGUGUCUAUGCUGUUGCAAAGCCGGACUGCUUGGAUGAUCUGGCCUAUGCAAUAAUGUACGAGAUGACCAAGUUAGCGUACCGGGUUUCAGAAGCUGAUGUUACCCGUGCGCGUAAUCAGUUGAAAUCUUCUCUGUUGCUUCACAUUGACGGAACAAGUCCAGUAGCUGAAGAUAUUGGGCGGCAGCUGCUUACAUACGGUCGUAGAAUCCCGUUUGCCGAGUUGUUUGCAAGAAUUGAUGCUGUUGACGCAAGCACGAUAAAACGUGUUGCGAAUCGGUUUAUUUACGAUAGGGAUAUUGCAAUUGCCGCAUUGGGUCCCAUCCAGGGGUUGCCUGAUUACAAUUGGUUCAGACGCAGGACAUACUGGAACCGUUAUUAGACAACGUCGACAUCGGUACUGUGUUAGUUUUUUGUUCACGUUGAGCUGCAGUAUUCUCGCAAAAUAAUCUUGUUAUUAAAAAAAAAAAAAAAAAUGUUGUAUCUCCUUUCAGAGAGAAUCUAGGGGUGGUGAAGUAUUUUUGUUUGGCAUUGUGUUUGUAAAAGAAAAGUGAUAGAGAAAGGAAUAAGAAGUUUGGUAUGUUCCUUGUUGAAGUGUGAUAUUAACUAUGGCAUUGGAAUACCCCAAUCUUUGACAUUUACGCUCAA